GACAUUGUGUGCAAAGACCACAAACUAGCUAUUUUCUUCUCCUUUUUCUCGUCUUGUUUGUAACUAAAAAUAUCAAGAAUUUUUUAUUUAAAAAUCAAAUAACUACAUCUGCAAAUGUUACAAUGUUUAAAACCAGGUUUGGGUACUGUACACUGCACCAAAUAGUCUUACUUAAAAGAUAAUAAUAGAUGGUGUCUGAAAACAAAGCCUUGCUUUGCAUUUUGAGAUUUUAAAUGCGAUAACAUUUAAACUGCCACCAACUUGUUAGAGCUAAAGCAGAAAUUUGCUGCCUGUCAACUUGAGGCCUUUAGCUUUUCCAAAGUCAAAGGUUUGUCAACUCAGCUGAAUAAGUAGUAAAAGUCCAAGGAAGGGUGUGUCCUAUGUAAUCUUAGAUUGAUUAGAUAAGACUAAAUAUCUGUUUAAAGCCAGAAGUUGCCAUUAAUGAAUUCAGGGCGAUGAUCAUCUUUCCUAUCAGGUUAAAUAUUUAUAUCAUACAUUAGGUGUAAUACUUUCUGUGAGAUGUUAGACAUUGUAUGAGAGCAAUCAAAAGUUCUACAUACAAGCCAUUUAAUCUGCAAAGUACAUUUCGCAUUACUAAAAUCUAAUAAUAAACAAAUCGCACAAAUUACAUUCUUAAGGCAAAUCAAAUCCAUAAAAUAGAAAAGUGUUAUAUACAUUAUAAGUGUAUGUUAGUUUUACAUUUGUGAAAUUGAUAAGAAAAUUAUUUUCCAACACAUUCACAAGCACAAUAGUAAUUUACUAAUAUAAACAUAUUUUAGGUGUUUGGUUACACAGCCAAAUAAUGUAAUUUCUAUUGAACAAGACUCAACGUUUCAAUCCUUUAUGUCUACAAAUGCUCUUUUUUUUCUCAGUUCAUGAUAUUGCUUUGAAAACCGAUGGUAAAUGUUUGUGGACAAUAAAACUACCUAAACGAAAAACCUAUUUUGAAAACAGCUCUAAAAUCAGAAGUCUGACAACCAUGUAUGUAAUAACUGAAAAGACCCUCAUUUUAAAGUAUUUGCCUUCAACACAAUACAUUUUUUAUAAUCAAUUAUGUGAACUCAUUGACGCCCCCUAGUGGGCUUUGGCCCCUCAGUUGAGAACCGCUGCUCUAAAGCACAAAAACCACAGGUCAGGCUGAAGAUCAAACACCUUACGGCAAAGAUUAAGAAAAUGCGGAUUAUGUUGAGAUUAGGAUUUUCUUAUCGUAUUUUUAUAUAAAACUCACACAACUGUGAAAGCUGCCUAAGAUCCACGUUUCCAUAAUUCAUAAAGGGAUAGUAAAAGAGGGACUUCAUACUGACGUAUGAGGGAACCCACGUUAGCAUUGGAUGGUUCAUUUUCAAUACUUCCACAAUUUCUGUCAUAUUCAAAAAGGCAUGAAUUAUUCUAAAUAUUUGAGCUAUCUUACCAAACAUACAGCAGUUCUGUGCCUGAACAAUUGAAUCAUUUUCUAAUUAUUAUUUGGCUGGCGAUAUUAGAAAUUGAAUAUGGAAGAUCUUUCUUUUUUCCUAUGCACAGAAUAGAUAAGUUGGUAGGAUCUUGAUUCUAACGCUUAAGUAAAAACAUAGCUUCAUCAGUAAAAACUGACUGAAAUCCAACUUAUCUGGCGUACAAAUCUCAACGGUAAUUCCUCAUAUAUAAUACCGGUAAUACAGGUACUACCACAUAUAUACCGUUAGUACCUUAUUUUGUAAAUAUUUGUCCCUAAAGACGCGACAGGAACAAAUGUGACUCUUUCAAUAAAUGCUUAAUUAAUUACUUUCAUUAACGACCCUAGCACUGAAUGUGUUUCACGUCUCAAAUGAAUAGUAGCUUUUCGUUACGCAAUUUGCUGUUUGGCAUUAUUACGUGUAGCCUGUGCGCCCCCUGCUGACGAAUUUACGUAUUGUUUAAAUAUACAUAUUUUAAAAAACUCUGUAGCUUCCGGUAUAGGCUCGAACCCCCCGCGACCCAGAAGGAUAAGCGGUUUGGAAAAUAGGUGGAUGGGGAAAAAACUCUACUGGGAAUCUCUGUGGGGUCUGAAACAAGCAUCACAUUCUUCAUUUUCAGUGAAAUAUUUUCUUGAAUUAUGCCGGGGCGUGUUAUAACUAAUAUUAAACCUCAUUUCAUCCUAUAUUUAAGUGGGUGAAUACCAAUGGCCCCGCAAGGCCCACGCCCCGGGAGCUGGCUGUCUGCAGGCACAUUGUCCCUGGAUCCCAGCUUCUACUGCAUCGCUGUCCUUCUUAUCAUAACCAUCAUACUUCUGUCUCUUUGUAACAAAUGCGACAAACACACAUUGCAGCAUCAACAAAACUCUGAAAAGAUACAAACAUCAUUACAGCUCAUAAAAGUGUCUCCUAUAGAGAGAGCUACAGGAGGCAUAGCCAAUUUGUGGCACAUUAACAUCACGGACCAGAAAGGUGACCCUGCUCUUACUCCAGUGCCAGAAAAUAACAGUUUGCAAAGUGCUACAGACCAGGAAGGAAAUCUGUGGUAUCCACCUUGGAGAAGCCACAAUGGAGGACCUGUCUAUGCUAAAGGCGAGCUAAGUGCAAACUCUAAUGAGAGGCCGACCCUGAAGACUGGUGGCAAUAUUUCUAAAGAUGACGCCGGAAGGGUCGCCUCAGAAGGAAAACUCGCUGGAUCGGGCAAAACAUCACACAUGGGCGUGGAAACAGCUCUGCGGGCUGCCCCCUUGUCGCAGACGCGAGCAGCGGGGCGCUGUCACUUACCGCCGACUCCGCAAGGUGUUACGACGGGAACCAAAAACUUCACUUGCUCACUGCAACAGCCUCAAGAGGGAAAACAACACACUUCUGAAAUCGUCCAGGAGACCUGCAGCGGGGACCUUCACCCUUAUGUUCUGGGUGUGGCUUUUCCUGAGGAUAACUCUGAAGACCGAGAAUACCAGACAAUCGAGGAGCUGACCUGUCAUUCCUCGCAAAAGAAUCACGUGACUGACGGAAGGUGCAGAGAAGACCCGGCAGCGAUCUCUCCUACUCCACUUGAAGCCAAAGCUUCUCCUACUCCACUUGAAGACCCAAAUGAUAUGUAUGCCCGGAUAAUCAAGAAAACAAUAACUUGCAAGGCACCAGUACAACUGCCCCUUGAGGAAGAGGAGGAGUCAGCCCCACCUGUCCCAGACAAGCGUUUUGAUAUGGAGGAAUGAUAGGAGUAUAUGAAGAAAAUAAGAUGAACAUUAAAGACCCAUAGACAUGUAAAACUUCAUAAAAUUAGUUAUUCGCUGCAUGUGUAACUAUGUAACAUUCCACUCCUGUACAAACAGUUCAAAAGUGUUGUCAGAGCUGUUUAAACGACUGUUGUGAUUAUGAAGAAUGAUCUACGAUAAGAACGUGACACCGAUUGGUUCAUAGGUGUCACAUUGGAUCUUAUUUCCCAACCCAAAUAGACAAUUCACUGCUGAAGAUGGCCAAAAGAGUUUAUAUAAAAUUACAAAGAUUUAGACAGAUAGAACAAAGAUUUAUUUUCCAAUGUUUGAGUGCAUUUAGUUCCUCAUUGCAACUCUUAAGUUUUAUUAUAUUGCAUGUAAAGUACAACUAUAUUUUUUCUAGUUUUAUCGAACAAGAAAAAAUUGGCUGUGUUGAUAUUGUUAGAUUACUAACUAAAUAUGUAUGCUCAAUGGUA